UUAAAUAAAUAUGGCGUCUUAUGAAUUUACACAUGGUUCGGUUAGAAUUAUGACAAAGAGUAGAAUAUUUAGAUUUUAAUUGUAAAUAAUUUUUUAAUAAAAAAUAAUUGUUUUAAUCAAUUAUAAUUAAUUGUUGUUUUAAUUAUCAAGAACAAGAAGAAACUUACAAAAACAAUGGGACCUAUAGAAACAACGCAAGUUACAAAAACAAUGAGAUUUACGAGAAGAAUUAAAUCUACAAAUCAUAGAUAUCGUAAUCGAGUACCAAUUGAUCCAGAAAAAUUAGCAAAAUAUAAUAAAGGUGAUGGAAUUGAUUUAAAAUCAGGAUCAUCUAAAAUCAGAAAUAAAAUAAUAAAACAAAAAUUAAAAAAAAAAGAAAAAAAUUUUGAAAUAACAGUAAAAGAUACUGCUCGUACUGAAUUACUUUUGACAGAAGAUUAUGGUUGUUUGGAAGCUGAUGCUGGACAAGUAACAGUACAAUAUAAUCAAAAACAAAUUGCAGAUAAUGUAGACAUAACAAGUGCAGCUAAACAUUUUACAUUAAAUUUAGAUUUUGGACCAUAUUAUAUAAAAUAUACUAGAAAUGGUAGACAUUUAGUAUUAGGUGGGAAAAAAGGCCAUGUAGCUGCUUUAGAUUGGAUCACAAAAAAAUUAGCUUGUGAAAUAAAUGUAAUGGAAUCAGUACAUGAUUUAUCAUGGCUUCAUAUAGAAACAAUGUUUGCAGUAGCACAAAAAGAAUGGGUAUUUAUUUAUGACAAUCAAGGAAUUGAACUUCACUGUUUAAAAUUAAUGAAUAAAGUUAAUAAGUUAGAAUUUUUACCUUAUCAUUUUUUACUUGCCAGUGGAUCUAGAGAUGGUUAUUUAGCAUGGUUAGAUAUUUCCAUUGGAAAAUUUAUAAAUUCUUUUAAUUCCAGAUUAGGAAAAAUAGCAGUAAUGACACAAAAUCCUAGUAAUGCACUACUUUGUGUGGGUGACUCAAAAGGUGUAGUUUCAAUGUGGUCUCCAAACAGUAAAGAUCCUUUAGUAAAAAUGUUAUGUCAUACUCAAGCAGUAGCUGCUUGUGCAGUUCAUCCUUAUGGAACUUAUAUGGCAACUAGUUGUCAAGAUAAAUUUGUAAAAAUAUGGGACAUUAGACAACUAGCAGGUCCAUUGCAUAAUUAUCGUGUACGAACUCCAGUUCAGCAUUUAUCUUACAGUCAAUGUGGUCAAUUAGCAUUAGCUAUGGGAAAUGUUGUAGAAGUUUAUCGAUCAUUGGCCAAUGAAAUAAAACCUUACUUACGUCAUAGAGCUGAAUGGACUGUGACAAGUAUGCAAUUUUGUCCAUAUGAAGAUAUUUUAGGUAUUGGUACAUUGAGAGGAAUUUCUUCUCUUUUAGUACCAGGAAGUGGAGAAGCUAACUUUGAUGCUCUUGAAAAUAAUCCAUUCCAAACUAAAACUCAGAGACGCGAAGCUGAAGUAAAAGCUCUAUUAGAUAAGAUUCAACCAGAAUUAAUAUGUUUGGAUCCAGUUGCUAUUACAGAAGUAGAUGUACCCACCUUAAAAGAUAAAAUAGAAGCUAAAAAGAAUCUUUUGUAUCUUAAACCAAAGGAAAUAGAUUUCAAACCUCGUAGAACGAAAGCUAAAGGUAGAGGCGGAACAGCUAAAGUAAUUAAGACUAAAAAAAUUCUGAAAGAUUUAAAUCGAAGGGAAACUAUUAAUAUAGUUCGUCAAGCGAAUAUUCAAUCGAAUAUAAAGAAAGUAGAAAAACCUCAAAAAGAUUAUGGAAUAUUAAAUAGAUUUUUACCAAGAUCUAAUAAACAAACAAAUAGAUAAUGUAUGAAUUAUUAAAAGAAUAUAAUUUUAUUUUAUUUUUCUAUAUUUAAAUUUUACUAUCUAUAUAUAUAUUUAAAUAUAAUUAAAUAUAUAUAUAUUUAAAUAUAUUUUUUAAUUUCAAUAAAAUUUUGUUGAAAAAACUUUUUAAAUUAUUUCAUACUGUAAAAUAUGUAAAUCAUUAUAUUAUAUAUAAUGCAUAUAAUUUAUUUUUCAUGAUUUUUCAUUAAUAGCAAAUAUGUUACAUACAAAAUAGUAUAAAGUGCGAUGUAAAUAAAUUUAAGAUAAAUAAUUGAUUACAUAUAUAUAUAUAUAUAGUAUUGAAGUGUGAGGUGUUUAAUGAAAUAAGCAUUCAAUAGUUUAACUGUAACAUUCUAUAAUUUAAUAAUUGUUAUAAUAAAAAAGGAAUAAUUUAUGUAACUACAAUUAA